ACGCAUAUGGCGUUAACAAAAUUCAUUAGCCAAUCAAUCUGUAGCGCACAGUGGUUCAACCGGAAUGACCGCUGGGUUCUAGGCGAAUAACCAAUCAAAGACCCUCUUGAGUGUUGGGCGAGAUGCGCGUAUUUGCAGUCUUCUAAUAGCGUUGGCAUAAAACUAGUGUUGGACAAGUCGUGUAUGUAUCAGAAGGGCGAUGCCAGGGAUAACCAGGUAUAAUUUAGUGGAUGAUGCACAGGAUUUGAGGAUCCCAAUGCACAACGAGGCGGCAUUUCAGCAUGGGGUCUGCUUCGAGGCAAAGUACAUUGGCAGUCUGGAAGUGGGUCGUCCGAACAGCCGAAUGGAGAUAGUGGCUGCAAUGAGAAGGAUACGGUAUGAAUUCAAAUUGAAGAACAUGAAGAAGAAGAAGGUCAACAUCAUUGUGUCUGCCGAUGGUGUGAGGGUGGUUCUGAGAAAAAAGCAAAAACUGGUUGUGUUCCAGAGGAAAGAGUGGUCAUGGGAUGACAACACAGUCAUGAUAACACAAGACCCCAUCUAUAGGAUUUUCUAUGUGUCACAUGACGCCCAGGAAUUGAAGAUCUUCAGUUACAUUGCGAGAGAUGGACAGAGCAACAUGUUCCGGUGUAAUGUCUUCAAGUCCAAGAGGAAGUCCCAGGCCAUGCGCAUUGUGCGGACGGUGGGCCAGGCCUUUGACGUGUGCCACCAGCUGACCCUGCAGCAGACAGGGGAGCAGAGCUCUGAGGAUGGACUGGACACCAAUGCUACCGAUGCAGAUGGGGAAGACGCUGUGCCAGCCAAGACGAGGUUGGCAUUGUCUGAUUCGACUGACCUUGAAGCCACCACAGAGGACAGCAUUGACUGUUUGUCAUCUGACCUGGACAAGACCAAAAGCCAGGACCUUCUUAGUAAAGAUGGAAAGGACCCAGCCCUGCAGCUGACCUCCCCCAGAACGGUGCCAUCCGUGUCGGACCUGUUGGUGGUGAACUCCUCCCGCUCAGUGGAGCACCAGGUGCAGCUGCUCCAAAGGCUGCUCCAGCAGCAGGAGCAGCAGGCCCAGGCUGCUGCAGCACAGACGUGUGUGCUCCAGGACCAGCUGUCAGUGGAGGUGCGUGCAAGGACAGACGCCCAGGCCCGUGUCCAGAGACUCCUGCUGCAGAACAAGGACCUGCUGCAGCACAUCUCCCUACUGGUCAAACAGAUCCAGGAGCUGGAGCUCAAGGCUGCUGGAGGACUCAGCUCCAUGGGCUCCCAGGACAGUUUGCUGGAGAUCACCUUCCGUGCCAAGCCCCCCCUGUGUGACGCCCCCACCAUCCCCACUUCCAUGGGCCCCCAGCAGGGUCAGCCCCAGAUCAACAAUGGCCCAUGGGCCUCCACCCUAACAGGGUCCUCUCCACCAGGGACCAGGGCCCCGGAGAGCCUCUCUCUGGGGCCUGGCGGCAGUGCCGUGAGGCUGGAGUGCUUCCGCUUCCCCCGCCGCAGGGGAGAGGAGCCCCACCAGAACCAAGACCAGGAGGGGGAGAGUCCGAGCUCAGGCGGCCCAGACGGGGACUCCCCUGUGGGUGGAGAGGAGAUCCUUGGAGCCCUGGAGCUCCUCCGGUUCCGGGAGUCGGGGAUCGGUUCGGAAUACGAGUCCAACACGGACGAGAGCAGUGACAGGGACAGCUGGGGGCAGGGUGAGGGGGCGGGGCCUGAGGGCACGGCACGCCUCUUCAACGUGCUGAACGCAGAGAGCCCUUCAGACUGUCUGGAUGAUGAGAUGGCUGUGUAGCCCUCCACAGCUCUGCUUCACUCAGUCAUAGCAUAUACAGUAGUGCUAUAGUGUUGUUGACAGUUCUCCUCCCUCCAAACUCUGCUCACAGUACUUUUGUUUGAUAUUUGUUAAUAUUUAUGAGAUA